AUGGACCUGGAGCGGAAAUGCGCGCCCACCCCCCCCACCCCCCACCCCAGGCUGGCGGCCCCUAAUGAGCCCACUCGGUACCCCAGGCAACCGGCUGAGUCCCACGGUGUUCCUGGGGGAUCCAGACGCCACCGCCUGCCACUGGGGAGCCCAGAUGUCCGGCCCCCAGUCCCUGCCCCUCUGGAGACUGUAGCCCACCCUGGCCCCCACUUCAAGGAGCAGAGUCUAGCUGUGUACCCACCAGGGACCCCUGGCAGCCACGCCACCCGGCGCUGUGUGGGACAUGAGCGCGUUGCCUCCCAGGGGCCCGCAGCCGGACAGCCCCGAGCGGGCUGGCCCAGAAAGCGCAAGGCAGCCACCAUGAGAGUCUGGGCUACUUGCCCUUCCUUGUCCACCAGCUACUUCCUCUUUGUCAUCUUUGCCAGGUCCACCAUUUUCCACUGCCACCAGCGCCUGGCCCUGGCGCCCGCCCCCUGGGCCUACCCGGGCCGCGUGGUCCUGUCCCCCAGACGCCUGCCCUGGGGGGGCAUGUCCACCAUCAACCCCAAAGGCCGCCUGGGGAACCAGACGGGGGAGUACGCCACCCUGUACGCCCUGGCCAGGAUGAACGGGCGGCUGGCCUUCAUCUCACCCUAUAUGCACAGCACGCUGGCCCCCAUCUUCGGAAUCACCCUCCCCGUCCUGCACGACACCACGGCCAGCAGGGUCCCCUGGCAGAACUACCCCCCGAACGACUGGAUGGAGGACCGGUACCGACACAUCCCGGGCGAGUACGUGCGCCUCACCGGCUACCCCUGCUCUCGGACCUUCUACCACCACCUCCGCGCCGAGAUCCUCCAGGAGUUCACCCCGCGCGACCACGUGCGCGAGGAGGCCCAGAAUUUCCUGCGGGGUCUGCAGGCCAAGUGGGCCCGUCAGGCCUCCUUCGCGGGGGUCCACGUGCGCCGGGGGGACUACGUCCGAGUCAUGCCCAGCGUGUGGAAGGGCGUGGUGGCCGACCGGGGCUACCUGCGGCAGGCCCUGGACUGGUUCCGGGCUCGCUACCGCAGCCCACCCUUCGUGGUCACCAGCGACCACAUGGCCUGGUGCCGGCAGAACGUCAACAGCUCCCUCCGGGGCGUGGUGUUUGCCGGCAACGGCCUGCAGGGCUCGCCCGCCAGGGACUUUGCACUACUCACGCAGCGUAACCACACCAUCGUCACGUGGGCCGCCUGCCUCACGGGUGGGAACACCAUCUAUCUGACCAACUUCACCCUGCCCGACUCCCCCUUCCGCGUGGUCUCUAAGCCCCGGGAGGCCUUCCUGCCGAAGUGGGUAGGCACCGCGGCCAACCUGGGGCAGGCUAGCCCCGCUCACGUCCCUGCCUCACCCUUGGGCCCAACAGCAGCGUGUGGGGUGCAGCGCGUGGGCUUUCACGCCUGA